AUGUCUAGGUACUACGUCCGAGGAGGCAGGAAGAUAAUACCACGAUCCGCCAGGGCUGGCGUCUUCUUCCCCAUAACUCGUCUGUGGAGGGGGCUGCGGAGAGUCACACAUCACCGCUAUCGUAUCUCAGAAGGGGCGCCUGUUUACUUGGCCGCAGUCAUCGACUAUCUUGUCGCUGAAGUCAUGGAGUUGGCAGGAAAUGCUGCUAGAGAGUUCAAGCGUGCCAGGAUAACCCCAAGACACAUCUUUCUCGCGAUCGCUAAUGAUGAAGAAGUGCAUCAGUUUUUAAAGCAUGUUACUAUAGCCCAGGGAGGUGUGGUGCCAAAAAUACACCCAAAUUUGAUUAAGGUGUCACCAGGAAAGAAGGCAGCAACAGCAGCUGCAACAGCAACUGCACCAAUAACAGUUGGAAAAUCUACAGCAUCAAAAGCUACAACAGCACCAAAAGCAAAGGUAGCAGCAACCAAGCCCGUAGUCAAAAAGGUGAAGGCUGCCCCAGCUGUUAGCUCUUUACCUUUCAAAGGAAAGCCAAAGAAGGCUGAUUCCAUACCAGAUGGCAGUGGAGGGUUUCUGACCUUGUCAGAGAAAAAAUUAUUCCUAGGCCAAAAACUGACAGUGAUGCAAGGAGACUUGGUGAAGAUGUCAGCAGAUGCCAUAGUCCACCCAACCAGCUCCAAUUAUCAUUUGGGUGGGCAAGUAGGUCAAGCUAUUCAGAGAGCAGGUGGAAAGGAAUUUCAGCAAGAAGUAGACAACCUGCAAAAAUCUCAUGGCAGCAUAGGAUCUGCUGAAGCUGCCAUUUGUCCAGGACAUAAGUUUGCUGCCAAGUUUGUCAUUCACGUCAACAGUCCAACCUGGAAUGAAGCCAACGCCCUGCAGAACCUUGACAAGGCAGUGAAGAAUGUCCUCAGACUCGCAGAUGAGAAAAACCUGAAAAGUGUGGCACUGCCAUCAAUCAGCAGUGGCAAUGCAGGAUUUCCAAAACAAACAGCAGCACAAGUUAUCCUUGCUGCCAUCAGAGACUACUUUUCCACUGCUAAACUGUCAUCGCUGAAGCAGAUCUACUUUGUCUUGUACGAUGUGGAGAGUGUCAACAUUUACAGCACUGAACUGGCACGAUUGGACGGCUAA